CAAGUUAUUUUUCCCUGGAUAUAAUCCUACACUAGAAAAAUAUGGCUGAUAACGCAGAACCACUGACUCUAUCGAGAGAUGUCAAAAGAUCGAUAGAGCUCUUGGAAAAACUGCAGGCUAGUGGAGAUUUCCCCACAACAAAACUGGCUGCCCUGCAGAAGGUGCUAAACUCCGAGUUCAUGACGUCAGUGCGGGAGGUGUACGAACAUGUCUACGAGACCGUUGAUAUUCAAGGAUCCCAUGACGUCAGGGCCUCUGCCACCGCCAAGGCGACCGUGGCUGCCUUUGCCGCCAGCGAGGGACACGCACAUCCCCGAGUCGUCGAACUGCCCAAAACGGAGGAGGGUAAGCCACGCCCUUGUGAUCGUAGAAACUCUAAGGGGAUCCUUUGGCAAUACUAUAAAGUUUUAACGAGUAUUAUGAAGGUAUAUCCAAAGGAUACUUAUGUACGCACUUACUAUAGAACCUAAUCUUAAUUACCGAAAUAUGAUUUCUUCCCUUCAGGCUUAGGUUUUAAUGUGAUGGGAGGCAAGGAGCAAAACUCGCCCAUCUAUAUUUCCCGUAUAAUACCUGGAGGAGUUGCCGACAGGCAUGGUGGACUAAAACGAGGUGAUCAACUGCUGUCUGUCAACGGUGUGUCGGUUGAAGGAGAAAAUCACGAAAAGGCCGUUGAGCUUCUCAAGCAAGCUGUUGGAUCUGUAAAGUUGGUAGUACGCUAUACACCAAAGGUUCUUGAAGAAAUGGAAAUGCGUUUCGAUAAACAACGCAACACACGUCGCCGCCAAUAAAAAGCACAUAGGCCAAAAACUUAAGCCAUAGUAGUUUUUGCCACCAGACCAUACUGUUAUUCACGUGUGCGUAAAACAAAGCCCCUACGAAUAAUAUACUUUAAUACAAAUACCAUUUAAUUAUUAUUUAUUACAAGAACUCCGAAAAUAACUCUUAAAUCGUAAAAAGUGAAUGUUAUGUAUUUAUACCUAAAAUACCGUGUUGGUUUCUGUUCCAAUAAAAGUAAAUGAAAAUAAUUCUCAAGCUAA